AUGUACAAAUUCACUUAAUAUCUUCGCAACACAAAGUCGAUUCAUUCGGCAAGAAACUUUUCAACUAUCACUCUUCCUAAGAACUCUAAUCAGGCAAGAGGCUUAGGUGAAUAUGCCAUUGAAUUUAUGAAGCAAUAAAACAAAAAGAUAGAUGAUGAGGUCUAUUAGAGAGUGCAGUUAUUUCACACUGAUUCAGUUUUAUGUGGAAUUUCAGCAAUCGCAAUGAGAACCAACUCGCCUAAUAUACUUAGAGAUGAAGCAAUAAAUCUGUACUCAGUGAAUCCUGAUAAGAAAACUAAAGACUCACAACAUUUCCUAUCUAAAUGCUUUGGUUCUAAAUUGUGGGUGCAUGCUGAGAAAGCUAUUGUCGCGAAUGUUUCAGCAGUAAGAGAGUGGGACUCUAAUGGAACUGUUUUUGGCUACGAUAAAAAUCUAGAAGGUCACAAUGCAGGAGAAUUUGGACAUAACGAUUACUAUCCAGUGGUCAUUGCUGCUUGCCACAACAAUCCUGCUUAUUCAGGAAUGGAUGCUCUUAAGGGAAUGAUUUUGCUAGAUGAAAUCAGAGGCAGACUGUGCGAAGUAUUCUCAUUGAAAAAUCACAAAAUAGAUCAUGUAUUACACGGAGCUAUUGCAUCAGCAGUGACUUAUGGUGCUAUGAUAGGUGCCUCAGUAGAUCAAAUAGAAUCAGCAGUAGGUAUGGUGGUAUCUCACUACACUCCUUGGAGAGCAAUUAGAGCUGGCAAAUAAUUAAGUGAUAGUAAAGGGGCUAGUGCUGCUUUGUCCACAGAGGUUGCCAUUAUGUCAGUUCACAGGGCAAUGAGAGGUUUCCUUGGCCCAAAAGAUAUAUUUAGAAAUCCAGAAUCGUUGUUCAGGUAAUUUGAACCAACUGAAUCGAACGAGUUCUCUCCAUUUGAAUUAGUAUUAGGAACUAAAGGCUCUGAUUUUUCAGUGAUGGGGAUGCAUUUCAAACUAGGUUUAUAUGAGCAUCAAAGUGCUGGGGCUAUAUAAGCAGUUUUAGAUUUGCUUAAGCAAGAUGCGUAAUCAAUCUUCUAAGACAGAAGUCAUGAGGGCAUUGAAAAAAUACAGAUCACUGCAUAUGAGCCAGCUUUUAGCAUUAUAGGUGAUCAAGCUAAAAGAAACCCAAAGACUAGACAAUCAGCUGAUCACUCUAUGGUUUAUAUUGUGGCAAGUGUGCUUCGUAAAGCUCUGAAUAAAUUCGACAAAGUACUAGAAGUUUAAAAUAGUUAAGAUGACCUAUGGAAGACACUGAUGCUAAAACCAAUGGACUAUGGUUACACUGCAUUAUAGAAUGAAGUAACAAGAGCCAUCAUGAAUAAGAUAGAAUUUGUGCAUGGAGGACCUGAGUAUGACUAGAACUAUCCAGAUGGCAUUCCAACCUCAGUUUAAAUUACUUGCAAAAACGGAAAAGUCCUGGACUCAGGUAUGGUUCUUUACCCAGGUGGCCAUGCAAGAAAUACUAAUAUAGCCUUACACGAGGUACUCUAGCAUAAAUUUAAAAACAUGGGAGUAAUGGCCCUUAAUAAAAACGACCUCAUUAGAUUUAAAGUGCAGUUAGAAAACAUUGGAGAAAUGACUGAGGAAGAUCUACAAGAUAUUUAUGACUGCAAUAUUAAAUUCAGUGAGGACCCGAUCGACUCUGCCCCUCAUGAUCCUAAAAAUAGUAAUGAAAUAGACAAAGAGGAAUUAGCGGCAGCUGAUGCAUCUGAUAAAUAAUCUGGAGAAGCCAAGCAGUGA